AUGGCCGCCGCGCCAGACCCUCUCUCGUCGUCAAUGGCGGGUCUUAAUGUAUCCGCUCCAUACCUCUCCUCCGACUCAUCAUCUGUCGACGACGAUGCUCCUCUCCCAUUCCCUGAAGCUCUCCCUCGCGCCGACUUUCUCGCUGAAGACUUUCAACCUGCCGCUUAUCUAUCUGCUUUACCACAUCGUCACCAAACACUUGAGGAUUUGAGAUCCGACCUACGCGACAGGAGUGCUGCUAUAAGCUCUGAGCUUCUGGAGCUUGUCAAUUCAAACUACACAGCGUUUUUGUCUCUGGGUAGCGAAUUACGAGGCGGCGACGACAAGGUUGAGGAUGUCAAAGUUUCUCUGCUAGGAUUUCGAAGAGCUAUUGAAGAAGUCAAAACCAAGGUGACGGAGCGCAAGGAAGAGACGAAUAAUCUCAAUGGAGAGCUUCGUGGUGUACGAUCAGCUAUUGAGAAAGGUCGAAAGAUGAUGGAGCUAUCCGAAAGACUCACAUCUUUGGAAGACCGACUCUCUUUGGGAAGUCUACCAGCUGACAACGAAUGGGACGAAGAAAGUGAAGAUGAAGAUGAGGACGAAGAUAACUACGGAAGUUCGCCAGCCAAAUUACUCGCUUCAGCUCAGGAAUGCAGUAGAAUCACCAAGCUCUUCGAAGCUUUGGAUCCCGAUACACCAUAUGUUAUCAAGAUGGAGGAGCGUUUGACACGUUGCCGAAACACAUUACUUCUAGACUUGGGCAAUGCGCUGAAAGAAGCCAAGAAGGCAGGCGUCAAAGGUCAAGACAGAGUUCUUAAGUGUCUGGCGAUAUAUAGAGUGCUGGAUGCACAAUCAGAGGCCGUAAAGGCUCUCCGAGGUGGCUAA